GCGGCGGGCUUGCGCUGAUGAGGCAGGCAGAGGACCGGGGGCGCGCGUUCACGGACACACUCCUCAAACAAAGAGAAGCACGCGAGGCACCAUAGCAGAACAGAGCAUCCCACCCUUUAGCAGGCAGGCACCCCCCAUUAAAUUCCCUCUCAGUCAGAAGCGGUCCGAAGACACCACCAUGACAACUAACGGCGCCACCAACGGAAGCAGCGACAUGCUGCAGAUCCAGUUCGGUCUCAUCAACUGCGGCAACAAAUACCUCACCGCCGAGACGUUCGGCUUCAAAAUCAAUGCCUCGGCCUCGAGCAUGAAGAAGAAGCAGAUUUGGACCCUGGAACAGAGCGGCGACGACUCCAGCGGCAACGUGUUCCUCCUCAAAUCACAUCUGGGCCGAUACAUUGCCACCGACAAGGACGGCAACGUGACCGGCGACAGCGAGAUACCGGGCCCCGAGUGCCGCUUCGUCAUCACGGCGCACGACGACGGCCGCUGGUCACUGCAGUCCGAACCCUUCGGCCGCUACCUGGGCGGAACCGAGGACCGCAUCAUUUGCUUCGCCCAAACCGCGUCCGUGGCGGAAAAAUGGAGCGUGCACAUCGCCAUGCACCCGCAGGUGAACAUCUUCAGCCUGACGCGUAAACGCUAUGCGCACCUGAGCUCCAAGGUGGACGAGAUUGCCAUCGACAGGGACGUCCCGUGGGGCGUGGAUUCCACCAUCACGCUGGUGUUCCGAGAGCAGCGCUACCACCUGCAGACCUCAGACAACCGCUUUCUGCGGAACGACGGCGCGCUGGUGGCCACCACGGACAAGAGCACCGGCUACACGCUGGAGUUUCGCUCCGGCAAGGUGGCCUUCAGGGACUGCGGCGGCAAGUACCUGGCGCCGUCCGGGCCUUCCGGCACCAUGAAGUCCGGCAAGAGUGCGCGCGUGGGCAAAGACGAGCUCUUCCAGCUGGAGCAGAGCCAUCCGCAGGUGGUCCUCACCGCGGCCAACGAGAGGAACGUCUCCACCCGUCAAGGUAUGGACCUGUCAGCCAAUCAAGAUGAGGAAGGAGACCAAGAAGUCUUCCAAGUGGAGAUCUGCCGCGAAAACAGGAAGUGCGCGUUCCGCACCGCCGCUGGGAAAUACUGGACACUCACUGCCAACGGAGGCCUGCAGUGCACAGCCUCCACCAAGUCAGCUAAUUGCUACUUUGACAUCGAGUGGCGUGGGAAGAGGCUGACUCUGCGGGCCGCCAAUGGGAAAUAUGUCGCCGCCAAGAAAAACGGCCAGCUCGCAGCCACCAUUGACUCUGCUGGAGAGUCCGAGGAGUUUCUCAUGAAGCUGAUCAACCGCCCCAUCAUUGUCCUGCGCGGUGAGCACGGCUUCAUCGGUUGCAGAAAGGUGACCGGAACCCUGGACUCCAAUCGUUCCUCCUACGAUUACUUCACGCUGGAGUUCAGAGAUGGAGCCUACAGCCUGCAAGACUCCACCGGCAAGUACUGGAUGAUCGGGAACGAGCAGGCAGUGGUUAGCAGCAGCGACACACCCGUCGACUUCUUCUUUGAGUUCUGCGACUACAACAAGCUUGCUAUUCGCCACGCCGGCGACGGCAAGUAUCUCCGCGGCGACCACGCCGGCGUACUGAAGGCCAACGCGGAUGACCUGGAGACCGCCACACAGUGGGAGUAUUGAGCGGGUGGGGCACACUCGCCGCAACGCGGCACCCACCCUGCCAAAUGUCUACUUGUCCCCCACCCGUCCUUGUAUACGACGUCUUGUAUGACUUUAUAUUGUGAACUGCACAGAAAAGAGGAAGGAUGGUAGAGGAAGGUGAUUCUCUGCCUCCCAGUCCUUCCUUUCUAUCCCUCCCUUUCCCAGCUGCCCACCGCUGUUGCCAUAGUUACCACGGGGCUGUGCACAUUUUCUCUUGCUCCUACUCUGGUUCGCUGCUCCCCAAUCAAUGCUCAUCCCUUCCUUGCCUUGGAACCGAUCGGUCUUUCUAUUCGUCUUUAUUGUAUUUUGCUGUUCUUCUACUCAAAAACCUCCAAAAAAUAGAUCUUCUUUCAAAACUGAGGGUUUGUUAAACUGGCUGGAGUAGAAAGAUUUGUUUGUCUGGAAACUUCUAUCAAAACCAGAUACACGUGUUUUCCCGGCCUGUCCAUUGAUGUACGGCCUUCUCCUUAAUAUGAAAACUUGUAAACUAGCUUCCUGUGUUGUCCUCAACUUGUUUCCCCAUUGGUCAGUGGGGAGUCUGAUUGUUCGGGUCCAAACAGGAUGUAGGAAAUAAAUGUCCCUCUUUAUUGUCUCCAGAUCAGUUGAAAAAUAGCAAAACACUUGAAUCCAUCUCGCCAAUAAUAAAAAAACAAAGGAAGCAACAUUUUGGGCUUGGAGGGAUGUAUAUGUUAAAGGCACAGACAUUAUCAUGGCUACAGUAAGGAAGCCCAGAAAUGAAUAUUUGAAAGCUGCUUUAUGGAUCAGAUGAGCACAACAUGAGUGUAAACCAAGCCUCGACAUUUAAACUGGAUUCAACCAUCGCGUUGUCUCGCACAAAACUGAUACAACUGGACCGUGGUGCUACUAAUGUAUGUGCUGAUAAUAUAGAUUGUUUUUUUUCCCCCUGCAACCAAACCCAGUGAAGCAUCUCAUCCUUCACAAAGCACUCGAGAGCCUUGUCAUUAACCAGAUCUGCUGCUUGCGUUCUUUUCCGUUUCAACUUUGACCAAUGUCACGUCUGCCUUUUUAACUCACUGGCUGCCACUGACAGCGAUAGGCGUCCAAUCCAUUUGAAGUGGGAGGAUGGCAGCGAAUGAACGUCCGUCCACCCUCCCACUUCAAACGAAUUGGACGUCUACUAGUGGUAAACUCGACGAACGUUUUUUUUUUUCUUUUAAGGGUUAACAAUCUCAAACGGUGCACUUAUCCUCAGAGAUGCUGUCUCCAUGGUAACCAAGGCUAAGACAAACGGAUGUGAAAUGGCAAAUAUGUGGUAAUGACUGUGCCUUAUGCUUAUGUUUUGGGCAGUAGGAAAUUAGAUGGGUUAAAAAAAAUCCACAUUUUUGCUUUGUAUAACUGGAACUUCCUUUUGUAUUAUUUUUGUAUAAUUUGUUUGAUAUUGUGGAUUCAUCUCUCGUGCCAUUGGUUCACCUGAAAUCCAACAGCCAAUAAAACUGGGAUUUGGAA